CGUUUGUACCGUUCAGUUUGUUUUUGUCGGGCCAUUUGCGAGAGUCGUGUGUCGUUCCGUGAGAUACAACCAGCGAAGCAGAGAUAUUCUCGUCGUUCUAGAAGAUACGCCGCGGCAUACAACAGUCACAGCCACGGACCAAAAGUGAAGUUUGUUCCCCGCCCAACCAAAAGAUAUCGAAAGAAAAUCAAAUAUAAAUUGAAAGAAAAAACGUAUCUGUGAGAUACGCACGCGACAAGUGAGAGAGAGAGAGCAAAUUCAAGUGAAAAAGCUAAAAACCCGAAAAACCCGCCCCCGCAACAAUAACACCCCCCGGCAUAAGUCCACCCCAGCCCCAGCGUUGCGUGGCCUCACACAAAAUUCAUUUGGAAAUAAAUCGUUUGUGUUUUUUUUUUGUUUUUAGCCUUUUUGCUAAAGUACAAGUAGCUUUGUUUUUGUUGUUAAUUCGCUAGCCGCCGCCAAGUUAUUUACGUCGACGUCGCGCAACAACAACAACAACAACGCAGGCAAACAGUUACAGCAGCGAUAACAACAAAAACAACAAAUCGUGUCGGGGCGAAAAAUGUUUUACAAUUAAAAUUGCGCGCGGGCAAAAGUAUCUGGCAGAUACGCAAAACACACACACAGCACAUACAGAGGGCGCAAUAUGCGCAAAUUAAACUAAAAUGCAGCAUAUCAGAGCUGUAAAAACUUUUACGACGACUACUCCACCCCCUCCGGCCACUGCCACAGCCUCUCAACGGAGUGAGAGAGAGUCCUGUUCCUGCCACCCGCACAGUCGAAAAUAAUACCCAGAUACAAAUUAAGGUCGCUCAGCGGCAGCGCAUAAAACAGGAACAACAACAAAAAUCCAGAGGGAAACGCGGGGACAACAACAUUGCAGAAGUUUCUACCUGAGGAGAGUAUAUUAGAGAGCCCAGGACAACUGCGGGAUCCGGGGAUCCUUAUACAAAAGGAUAUCCAGCAGGGGAGCAGAACCCACACACACACACAAAGGCCGUAAAACAUUUUGGGCUGCUGCAGCAGGUCGUCCUGCGACUCCGCCUCCUCCUCUUCCUCUGGCUCUGUGUCGGCUCGUAAAUUUUCAACCCAAGCUAGCAACGAGCCAACACCAACCAACCCCACAGCCAAACAAAACAACAGCAAGAGCCGAAAUAUCCAAGAAGUAACUGCAUCUACAGCUAACCAGCAAAAGGAAACAUACAAACAAAUACAUACAUAUAUUUAUACAUAUACAUACAUAUAUUUAUAUAGUGGAGUGUAUACAUAUAUAAAUAUUCUCGCAGAGAUGGCGGGCAACAUUGUCAAAUGGUGGAAGCAUAAAAUACUCGGCGGCUACAAACAAUUCUCAGUCCAGGAAUGCACCACAGACUCCGAGGAGCUGAUGUAUCACCAGGUGCGUGCCUCCUCCUCGUGCAGCGCCCCGCCCGACCUGCUGCUGGUCAGUGAACGUGACAAUAAUAUACAACUGCGAUCGCCGGUGGUUAAUAUAAUCACCACACCGCCGGGCAAUGCCUCCGGCACGGCUGGACACAAGCAGCUGCAGCAGCAGGGGCACCAGCAUCACCAGGCGCUGCCCCAUACCCAUGCCAGCAGGCACCACCAUCAGCAUCCCAUGCAGCUGCCGCAGGACAUGAGCAGCAGUGGCAGCCACACAAAGCAUUUGCGCAUCAGCAGCAGCAGCGCCGGGGGCAAGCAUGGCAAAUAUGCAAAUGUGCAACAGCAGACGGUGCCGACAGGCGUCGAUGAGGAUGUGGUCGAUGCGGCAGCAGCGUCAGCAGCGGCCCAGCCCUCAGCCCAACAGCAGCAGCAACAUUCGCGGCACUUGCACCACCACAAGGAGGAACGCAUCCGCUUGGAGGAAUUCACCUGCGACGUAUCCGUUGAGGGUGGCAAGUCCUCGCAGCCGUUGCAAUUCUCGUUCACGUUCUACGAUCUGGAUGGGCAUCAUGGCAAGAUAACAAAGGAUGACAUCGUGGGCAUUGUGUACACCAUAUACGAGUCCAUUGGCAAGUCCGUGGUGGUGCCCCACUGCGGCAGCAAGACAAUCAAUGUGCGCCUCACCGUCAGUCCCGAGGGUAAAUCGAAAUCCGCACAACAGCCCCUGCCUGCGGCAGCAUUCGGCGGCGGCAACAACAACAACAAUAGCAGCAGCAACAACAACAAACUGAAGAAGUUGCCCAUGGGACUGGCAGCUGCGAUGGCGAAACAAGUGAACGGCGGCAGUGGCGGAGGAGCGCUAACGACAUCCGCCGGCACACGCCGUCAGCAUCGGUAUCGACCGCGCAAACUGAUUAAGUCCGAUGACGAGGACGAUGACAGCAACAGCGACAAGGAGAAGGAUGCACUGGCUGCAUCCGCAGACCGCGCCGACCAGCAGCCAAGUGGGAGUGGCGGCACCAAGGGCGCUGGAGGCAGCAAGAGCCAUCACCAUCAUCAUCAUGGCAGAUACCAGCAGAAGAGCAGCUCGAAAGUGGAACAGUGCUGUGUCGGAGCUGCCGCGGAGCUCCAGCAAACGCCGGACAAUACCUACGAGAAUAUGCUGAAUCUCAAACAGGAGCAGCAGCCACAGCAGCCAAGUAACGAUGUGGCCGAUUGUCCUUCGCAUCGCCAGUCGCAUCAUCAGCGGCAGCAGGACAUCUACAUGAAGCAGGCCACUCAGCGCGUGAAGAUGUUGCGGCGGGCGCGCAAACAAAAGUACCAGGAUCACUGCAUGGAGACGCGACAGCGCAGCCUCUCGGUGGGCAAUGAUUGGCAGCAACGCCACUUGCCACAGUCGCAGCAGCCACAAGCGGCAAAUAAGAGCGCCUCGGUGUCGCCACCACCGCCCAGUGGUGGUGAGCUAAUGCUGGACGGAGUGCAGCUGCGUCAGCCACGUCAUCAUCAGUCCCAAACCCAAUCCCAUCAUCAGCAGCAGCAGCAGCGCAAGUCCGCCGAGUGCUGGAAAUCGGCGCUGAAUCGCAACGAUUUGAUUAGCAUCAUCCGGGAGAGCAUGGAGAAGAAUCGUCUGUGUUUUCAGUUGAAUGGAAAACCCCAAGCCAAUGUGAGUCCCAUACGGCAACCGGCAGCACAACAACAACAACAACAACAGCUACGCCAACGCUCCAGUACGGGAUCGAAAAUUCCAACACUAAUUGCCAACCACAGUCCUGCCGCCCAGUCUCCGGUCAGCUGCAGUCCAACUUGCAGCCAUCCGGCAGCAGCCACCUGCAACAUUCCGGCGGCGUCAGCAGCACAGGCACAGGCACAGGCCCAGGCACAGGCGGCCAUCGAGCAGGGGGGAGCAGGUCAUCAUCACGACCACCCCCAACCGCACAUACCCAUCUACCAUCAACAGUUGGCCAUUAAUCCGGCCGUGCUGGCAGCCCAGCACAGUCACAACAGUGCCCACAACAAGCUAAAUCUCUGUGGCUACGACUCGUUCCUUCAUGCCACAAUCUGUGGCGGCGGCUCGGCCGCCCACUCGCCACCACCGACGACGACGACGACGACGACGCCCAGCAAUGUGGCCACAGUGCAGCCCAUACCCAAGAAGAGUCACAAUCAAAAGAGUCUGCUGCAAGGCUACCAGCGACUGGAGCAGCAACAGCAACAGCAGCAACAGCAACGGUCCAGCAAGGACUACAAAAACUACGGCAAUCUCAUCUAUGCCAAGCUGAGCGAACAGCUGCAGCAGAAGGAGCGGGAGCAGCGCAGGCAUCGCCACAAGCAGCAGCAUCAGCAGCAGCAUCAGCAGCAGCAUCAGCAGCAGCAGAGCCAACUGCAGCAGCAGCAGCAGCCACUUAAACCCAAGGAGGAAUCUCUACCAGAGCAGCAGCGGGAGCAACAGCAGCAGCGUCCACCCACCUCGAGCUCUAGUUCGACGGGCUCGAAGAUCUUUGGCGAUGCCUUGGAGUGCGCCCAUCUGCUGGCCAGCGAGGAGGAGGAUCUGCCGGCCAGCCCACCGCUGACCAGCACACCCAGCAAGGUCGUCAGCACCGACACCCUCAUCGAUCUGAAUGACGAUGUGGGCGAGGCAGUGGCCGAAGCCGUCACCGAGGGUGGCAAGGCCCUGGAGGCAGACGAGGAUGAUUCGCACCAAGAGGUGGAGCUGGACACCAGUGCCUCCAGCUCGAUGAUUCAUCGCUAUGUGCACGAGCACAUUCACCAUCACUACCAUCACUUCAAGGAGCAGCAGGAUGUGUGAAGUGUGAAGGAUACCUACCCCCUAAAACCCACAACUAGAACGAAUGAAACUAUAAACUAUUUGCAUGUUGCUUAUGUUUUUCGGUCCAAAUGGACUAAUAAGUAGCGCCAAUUGUAAUUUAAAGUUAGCAUUUAUCAGCCCAAGAAAAUAUUCGAAUCACCAGUCUAUAUGGGUAUCGUAUAUCGUAUAAAGCCUUUCUAUAGCUUAUGCAAAAAACCAAAAUUAAAAUGCGCCUUUUUUCCUUGGCAACAUUCGAAUCACCGCUUUUUGCUACGCUAAUCGACCUAGCAACAUGUUGCAGCAACACACAUAUCACGUAUCAAAGCGCGCUGGCAGCAUGUUGCGCCCAAGCAUUUUGUGUUGCUGACAAAAAAAAACUACAACUAAAACUACAAAAAAAGUACAGAAAUGUGUGGAAAAUGACUCUAUUGUUUAGUGAAAAUUAUUAAAUUAAUUGAAAUUGUUGUCUAUAAUAUGAAAUUUUAUGCAACGCUUUUUAGGUGUAUAGAAAGGAGCAGGCGAGGAGGACUCCUUAUGCGAGUUUUAAGUUAUCUACCGAGAUAUCGUGUAUAUUUAUGUUUUUUUCGAAGCCAAUUUAUUUUAAACACUACUAGAAUUAGUUUCUAACACUAACCGCCAACAAGACAAGCAACAAUGCAACUAAACAAAAACAGAAACAAAAAACAAAACAA